AUGCCAGGCACAAAACGGUUUCAACAUGUGAUUGAAACCCUGGAGCCUGGCAAGUGGGAGCUGUCUGGGUAUGAGGCAGCUGUGCCAAUCACAGAGAAGUCAAAUCCACUGACCCAGGACCUGGACAAAGCAGAUGCCCAGAAAAUUGUUCAAUUGCUGGGGCAAUGUGAGGCUGAGAUCUUCCAAGAGUCACCCACAUACCAGCGACUCUACAGUGAAUCAAUUCUGACCACCAUGGUACAAGUGGCUGAGAAAGUUCAGGAAGUACUGAAGAAGCCAGAUGGCGGGCUGGUGGUGCUGAGUGGAGGGGGUACCUCUGGCCGAAUGGCAUUCCUUAUGUCCGUUUCCUUUAACCAGCUGAUGAAAGGUUUAGGACAGAAACCUCUUUACACCUACCUCAUUCCAGGAGGUGACAAGUGUGUGGUGGCCUCUAGGGAGGGGACAGAAGACAGUGCCUUGCAUGGGAUUGAGGAACUGAAGAAGGUGACUGCUGGGAAGAAGAGAGUGAUCGUCAUUGGCAUUUCAGUGGGACUUUCUGCUCCCUUUGUGGCAGGCCAGAUGGACUACUGCAUGGAUAACACAGAUGUCUUCGUGCCAGUCCUGGUUGGUUUCAAUCCAGUGAGCAUGGCCAGAAAUGACCCGAUUGAAGACUGGAGUUCAACAUUCCAACAAGUAGCAGAGCGGAUGCAUGAAAUGCAAGAGAAACAGAAAGCUUUUGUGCUCAGUCCUGCAGUCGGGCCUGAGGGUCUCAGUGGCUCCUCCCAGAUGAAAGGUGGAAGUGCCACCAAGGUCCUGCUGGAAACCCUGUUAUUAGCAGCCAAUAAGACUAUGGACCGGGGCAUUGCAGCAUCUCAAACUGGUGGCAUUUUCCCCAGAUGCCUCCUGGAAAUCUUGCGGAUGUUUGAGCGGGCUCGUCAGAUGACCUACAGCCAAAGCUCCAAGAUUGCCACCCUGAUGAAGCAAGUUAGCAGCAGCCUGGAGAAGAAAGGCCGAGUGCACUUGGUUGGCUGGCAGACGCUGGGCAUCAUCGCCAUCAUGGAUGGAGUGGAGUGCAUCCACACCUUUGGUGCUGAUUUCCAAGAUAUCCGUGGCUUUCUCAUUGCUGAUCACAGUGACAUGUUUAACCAGAAGGAUGAGCUCACCAAUCAGGGUCCCAAGUUCUCCUUCUCCCAGGAGGACUUCCUGACUUCCAUCCUGCCAUCCCUCAUGGAAACUGACACUGUGGUCUUCAUUUUCACCCUGGAUGACAACCUCACAGAGGUGUAGACACUGGUGGAGCAGGUGAGAGAGAAGACCAGCAACAUCCAGGCCCUGGUGCACAGCACUGUGGGGCAGUCCUUGCCGACUGCUCUGAAGAAGCUCUUGCCUUCCAUCAUCAGCAUCACAUGGCCACUGCUUUUCUUUGAAUAUGAAGGGAACUUCAUCCAGAAGUUCCAGCAUGAGCUAAGCAACAAGUGGGUGCUGAGUACAGUGAGUACAGGGGCCCACGUGCUUCUCAGCAAGAUCCUACAAAACCACAUGUUGGACCUCCGCAUAGCCAACUCCAAGCUCUUCUGGUGGGCACUGGCCACACUGCAGCGGUUCUCUGGACAGUCCAAGGCUCAAUGCAUCGAGAGCCUCGUUCAAGCAAUCCACUUUCCUCAGCCACUGUCAGAUAAUAUUCGGGCUGCUCCCAUCUCCUGCCACAUCCGGGUUGCAAAUGAGAAGGAACAGGUGAUCACCACAGCCUUGCUGAGCCUCCUAUUCUGGUGUUCAAUCCCUGAUGAGGCCAAGGCACACCUAGCUGUAGCUCCUUCUGAGGCUCUAGCUCCAGUCUGUGAGGCUGUCAGGAUUGCCCUUGCUGACCCAGGUUGGAAGCGCAAUGCAGAUCCCCUCGAGACUGUAGAGGCUGCCAUGCAGUGA